AUGGUCAUUCAUACACUUGAUCGAUAUCACUUAAUGAUUGUUUGUAAAUAUUUAACAACAGUAGAAGAUUAUUUGAACAUUAUUAUUAUAAAUUCAAAAUACAAAGAAAUACCAGCAAUGUUUCAUUAUAAUCCUAUUUCAAUAAAUAAACAAAGUAAAAAGUUAUUUAUUAAUAUUGAAAGUCAAUUCAUUUAUAGUAGAUAUGAUGAUUUAAUUAAUGGAAUGAAUAAUUACAUUGUUUGGUAUGGAUGUGGAUUAAAAACAGUUAAAUAUUAUAAAAUUUAUUAUUCUUUACGACCGAUAUUUAAAAGACUUUAUUUGAAUUAUACUCAAAUGAAAGAUUUUCAUAAAGAACAAGGAGAUAUUAUUUAUUAUAGUUUUUCUGAACAUAUUAAAUCAAUUAAUGUUAUUGAUGUGUCUAAUUUUUAUGGACUUUCAAGAGAAUGUUUUAAAUUUAAUAAUAUUACAAGUGUUAUUCUUGGACAUCAUAUUAGAGAAAUACCACCAUUUUGUUUUGAUAGAUGUGGAUUAAAACAACUUGAUCUUUCUUAUAUAACUAAAAUUGAAGGUACACAAUUUUAUGAUGAUAAUCUUACUGCUUUAACUCUUUCAAAAUACUUAGAAAAAAUGGAUUUAAAUGCUUUUAAUGGUUGUACUAAUUUAAAAAAGAUAACUAUUUCAGAAGGAUCAAAAGAAAUUAAUGUUGAUGUAUCAUAUGAUUUCUAUACCAUUCUUCAGUUGAAUGGAAUUAGUUGUAAUUGUAACAUAGUUAAUAAUGACUUUACUUUAUUUAAUCCUUUAAAACAUAAAGAAGAAAAUACAAUUAUUGAUAAUUUUGGUUAUUCAGGAACAAAAAGUCUUUUAAAUUUAUCAAAACAAACAUUAAUUGUGAAUGGUUUAAUGAGUAUUCCUUUUUUAAGUAUAGCACAUAGAAUUAAAUCACUUAAAGAAAUUGUUUUAUCUUCAGAUGUUGAAAUCAUACAACCAUCUGCAUUUUACUUUCUCAGUAAUUUAGAAAAGAUUAAUUUAAAUUCAGUUAGAAAGAUUGGAUCACAUGCAUUUGAAUUAUGUCAACACUUGAAAGAGAUUGAUCUUUCAAAUAUCAGAAGUCUUGGAAUGAGUUGUUUUAGUAAAUGUAAAGAACUUAUGACAGUGAAAUAUUCAUCAUAUUUAACUACAAUUCCAGAAUAUAGUUUUAUUUCAUGUUCUAGUCUUAAAGAGAUAAAAGGAUUAAAUUUUGUAAAAAAGUAUGAACAAUCAUGUUUUAGACAUUGCAAUAAGUUAACAAUUAAUGAAUUAUUCUCAAAUCUAAAAUCCAUUUAUUCUUAUUGUGGAAGUAAAAUUAAUGUCUCAUCAUUGAAAUCAUCAACUAUUCAUUUUGGUCCUAAAUCGUUCAUUUCAAACACUUCAUUAUUAUCAAUACAUAUUUCACAACUUUUCCCUAGAUCAAAUAUUUUACCAUACAAAUGUUUCUCUUUAUGCUCAAAUCUAACUUCUGUACAAAUUGAUGAUAUAAAAUGUCUUGAAAUAAGUUGUUUUGCUAAUUGUUAUUCUUUAAUAAAUCUUGUACUACCAACAUCAUUAGUCUUAAUAAAAAGAUUAUGUUUUUCAAAUUGUACUUCAUUAAAGAGCAUUGAAUUUCCAUCAAGUUUAAAACAUAUCCAAAGUUUAGCUUUUUUAAAAUGUUAUUCAUUGUCAAGAAUUGUAUUUGGAUCAUCUAAAACUAAAUGUCAUCAAGAUGCAUUUUUAAAUUGUCCAUUAAAAGUAAUAACAUUUAAAAAAGGAAAUCAUUUCCAUGGAACACUUUCUUAUCAACAAUAUCUUGAUUUACAAGAAUAUCGAGUUAAAUCAGAACAUAUCAUUUACACAAGACAUGAUAGAAGGAAAUAUGGAAAUACUAUUCCUUCUUGUGUAGACAUUAUUGGAACUAAAGCAUUUGAUGGAUGUUCUUCAGAAGAAAUUGUUAUUCCAUCUACAAUUAAAAAACUUGAAUAUCGUUGUUUUUAUCAUUGCAAGAGGCUAAAAAGAAUUAAAAUACCUUCUCUCUUAUUUGAUUCAUUUAAACAAAUAAAUGAAGAAAUAUUCCAAGACCAUCAUCCAAAUUCAUCUUUUGUAAGUAAAAUUGAAAUUAAACACCAUUCUCAUCACCAAUUACUAUCCCCUCAAUUAAAAUAUUCUACAACUAUUUCAUUUCAAUCAACUGUCAUUUAUAUCAAUAAUUCAAAUGAAAUAACAUCUGUUGAACUUAUUAAAUAUUGA